GUUGCUCUCGACGCGCGCCACAUUGAAAGCUUGCGACAUGCCGCGAAGCGGUUCAGUCGCGCGCCAGCUAUCGUGCGGGUGGUAUCGUUUGCCUUGUUUUAGUCGGCGUCCCUUGUGGUGUUGACCGUGUGUCGAGCACGAAAAAAAAGCCCGCGUAGGCGUGGUGAACAAUCGCGCGCGUUUACGCGAAACGUGUCAAGUCGCGCGAUCGAGAAGCUUCGCGGUUUUUAGCCAAGUGUGACGGAAAAGCGACACACGCCGCGAACCGGGACCGCAUCGUCCUCGAAAAUUGGAAUAGUCCGAGGGUCGAGUUUUGCUACUCUUGGACCAGUGUCAGAUCUAUCUGCUCCGUCCGCGCGCAGGGAAAAUUCCCGACUCGCGACGCCGUUCGAGGUCGUUUCUCGCGGCGAAGUUUCCUGCAGCUGCGCGUUUCGCUCAGCUAGACGUUUCCCUGGGACAACGUGUCACCGUGUCGAGGAACGCUCGAGGGGACUCGUGGUCAGAGCCCUUUGGUGAAAGAAAAGAAAAUCGCGGAUAGACCGAUAAUUGCGUAUCUGUGAUGUGCGAGUGAGCGAUGGAGUCGCCAGUCAUGUACGAUUCAGCGGCCCACCAGGCCCAGGCCCAUGGGGCGGCCGAUCUCAAGAAGGCUCAGGUGCUCGCCAACAACAACAACAAUCAUCCGAGUAACAACAACAACGCCAACGCGGCGAACAACAACAACUCCGCGUUGCAGGUGAAUCACAAUCACAGCCAGCAGCAGACCAGCGCGGUGGUGAGCAAGGUCUCCGCGAGCAAGGCUAGCCUUCACCAACAGUACGCGGAACACUGCGCAGCGGCCGGCGAGCUCACGGACCUGAACACGCCUGAAAUCUCGUUGGAUCUCCAACACUUAAUCGACGACAGUCACUUCAACGACGGCCUGUUGGACAUGCUAGGCGCGAACAACGGCGCCGUCAAGCAUGUCAGAACGCCAGGUUACCCGCGCACCACGUUAGCCUACAUGCCUCAACCGGUGCACAGCGGCGCGAGUUACCAUCAAGGGAGCAACAGCUGCAGCGACAGCAACAGCUCGAGCUCCGAGUCGCCCAGCAUCAAAGAAGAGCCCCUCGACCCGGCGGAUUAUCGUCGCCACUGCCCUCAGUAUCCACCAGGAGGUUACAGCCCAGUGACCAAUGGACCGUUCGCCAACGGUGCGCCAACCUUCACCACUCUGACGCCUUCCACGGUGCCUGGCGGUCACCCUGGCGCGCCAGUUCACCAACCACCGCCCCGUGGUGGUCCCAUGAAGCCAGUGAUGGCUCAUCAACAUCACGCCAACUCAGCCGCAGCAGCCGCCAGGAAACAGAGCAAGGCCAUCGACAAGGCGAGCGACGAGUACAGAAGACGACGCGAGAGGAACAACAUCGCCGUGAGGAAGAGCCGCGAGAAGGCGAAGGUGCGAUCGCGGGAAACCGAGGAGAAGGUGAAGCUUCUGGUGAAGGACAACGACCUGCUCAAAAAGAGGAUCGAGCUGCUCACCGAGGAGCUCAACGUGCUCAGGUCCCUCUUCAGCAGCGUCGGCGUGGUGCCCGAGCAACUCCACCGCGAGAUCUCCAGGCACCUCGACCAGUUCCAGCAGCACGCGGUGGGACCCAUGUAGCAGCGCACAAAGUCGUCCUCGAGCGACGUUGAGACGUCCCGUCGCGGCUAUCGCGCCUUUCUCUCGUCCACCGUCGACCUUCGUCCCUUGCCUUUCGGCCCCAUACGAUUGUGAAGAGCAGUCGCUGCGAACGGGACUUCCGCUUCCCAGGGGCCCGAUGGUCCCCGUUCUCGAUCCACUCGCGAGUAUACGAAUAAAGGACGGAGAUAGACGACGCUACGCGUCUUUGUCUCCACGAGUCGAAGAACGCGAGGUGCACACGUGCGUGGUUCGAGGCGCGUUGGUGGAUAGGAUCAGUGGUUCUUAACCUUAUCGAGCUCGAGACAUCGUUUCCAAGAUGGAUCUUAGGCGUUAUUUAGGUAGAGACACGCCUGGUGUACGAUUCUGGAGAAUCGUUGUAGGAGGAAUUCGGUAAUAGAUCGAUUGGAAUGUUUAGUAUAGAUUCGAUGAAGGGAGGAAUGUAUCGAUUAUUUAUUUUGUUUAUUGGUUUUCCGCCUAAAUGAAAGUGAAGUUCGUGGGACCAAUAGAAAUUAUAUGGCGUUCCGUCCUAGAUCCGUCGAGGGACUCGCGAAUGAGACUCUCCGGGCGGAUCCUGCCUUAGACGCGCCUCCCAGUCGGGGAAUAUAUUUUAAAUAUGUCGAUUAAUGUUAAAUAUUUCGGGGUCUCUUUGGUGGAGCAAUAAUAAAAAGGGAACAGAAAUUUUCAGAUCGAUGUUUUUACAGUAUUUCACAGAGAAUCUGAAAGGUGUAUGAAUUUAUCAUAUAUUUUACUCUCUAGUGUCCGAAUGUUCUCAUGGACAAUAGCCAUUGAAUUUUACUGAAUCGAAUUGAAUUCAUCUACAUUCGAACUUGUUAGAAUAAGAGAAUAUAACUGGUGCUCGUUUCGAAGUAAAUUCGUUCCUUCGUCGAGUCAUAAUAUAUGAAAACAAACGAUCUAUCUAUGUUGUUAUGGACUCGAAAAAAAAAAUGGUUAAGGACCACUGAGUUCGGGAAACAUCGAGGCAACGGAGAACGGAGACCACGAGUAAGGAAACUCGUGAGAAACUUUCGCGAUUUUCUCGGGGAUAGCUUUUUCAGCAGCUGGGACUCGGUCGACUAUUUCGUGUGCAAAAGUGCCCCUGCUCGCAGCGAACUGUUUUAUACCGAGUGCACCAGGACACUUCCCUCACCCCGUUCGCCCCCGGAAACGAAGAAACGCCUGCGCGUCGCGGUCAUCUUCUUGCACCUCGAGAAAAACGCGCGCUAGAUAGGUGAAAACUGAAAACUGAUCGAGGAUCGGUGUUGGGCUGACAAUAAUCUUGAUAAUCAGUAAUCACGGUUAACGAUUAAUGAACAAUCGCACUCCACUCUCAGAGAUUAUACCUGAUUUACGAUUGAAGAUUACAAAAAUAGUUUACGAUUGCGAAUGCAGUUUACGACUACGAUUAACCUGAAGUUAGAGAAAUCACUGCCCAACUCUGAUGGAAGUCGCGGUUCAGAUCCUAUCGAUCUUCGUUUCAUCCCCCAAUUCUCUUCCCCACUAUUUUCGUAUCUACCUUUUGCAAGUACGUAAAGACUGGGUGGUUCGGGUGCCACAGAGAUGGGCGGAAUUCUAUUUGAGCAACGAAUGACGAAUAAAUCGUCCACGCAGCGAUUUCUUCGAUUAUUUAUACGAUUGAAAUUCAUACAAAUUUCUAUGAACUCAACGCGAAAGACUACUCGACUGUGUACCUUGGAUACAGUACUUUUUAUCGAACAGGUAAUGCUUUACUCGUUACCGAAUUUUUAUUCGAAACUUUUAUUCAGACGAGAAUUGCGACCAUCUCUGGAUCGCCACCUCGUUGAAUCGCGUGAUCCGCAACGCGUAGAAGCGUUGCGACUCUUGAAGUCUGAACAAACCACGCGACGAUGUGUACGAGCCCGUCGAUUACACUUUCACAAACACACGCGUACGUACGCAUACCCGGAUGGCGAGUAGUGGCCGCGCAUACGUAAACGCGUUCGCAUAAAUCUUCGAUUCUCUCGUCGGUAUACAUUUUUGAUACAUCUUCCACGAUCGAAGACAAAUAUACACGUAAACACGCGCAACACCUAUGUAUCAACACAUUACGACGAUGGCUUCUCGGUACACGUAUACCGCGUGCUACGUUCAGGCUCGUUUUUAGAUAUCGAUCGAUUUUAUUAGAUUAUCGUUCUCAUUACCAAGUACCUAAAACAAAACAAAAAAAUAAAAAGGCAUAGUGAGAUACUGUGGACUCAACGGAGAUGGACGAAGGGAAGUUUUGAUUGGAACAAUGGAUAAGGAAUAAAAUCAUUCCUCCGUCGUGUAUAUCGUACUGUAAAUGAAUUUCUCAUUUUUAUGCAAAUGAUGAGAUGCUUCGUCCAUCUCUGGUGUAGGUAGCUAUGCGACAAACGACGAUGCCGAUUCUAUUUUUUCGAUUCGUCGUGUAUCUCGACAGGGUGAACCACGCGAACGUCCAGAAUACACAUACAUACACACACACACAAACAAACAAAAAAAUUGAAAAGAAAAAACUCUUACACGCCCUUGUAUUAUAGCUCUAUAUUAAUUUUAUUAUAUUCGAGAUGUAUGUACAUAAAAAAGCUAAUAUAUUUUGUUAGAGAAACGAAACGCUCGUGUUUUGUGCGCCAGGGAGAACGAGAGAAAGAAAGAGGGGGUGAGAGUGAGUAAGUGAGCGUGAAAGAGUAACAAAGACGAAUUAAUGAUAUGUAAUAUAUAUAAUGAUGAUUGUGUGCGCGCAUGUCUGCCAACAAAUCGUUAAUAGUUAUACAUUUUAAAUGCGAACGCAUGCUAGAGAUUACAGCGAAAAAGAGAGUGCGAGAGAGUGAGAAAUAUAUGUAUUUCGCCGACGUUACCAGGGAUUCGAUCCAAUCGAGUCCCUCCACCUUGAGUUACCGUAAAAUCGCGUGAAGCGGGCUUCAUUUCAUUAUUAUUAAUAAUUAUUAUUCUUUUUUUCUCUUUAUUCAUCCUUUUAUCGUUUCGUACAUUCGAUCGCGUGCGUGAGAACAAUGUUUGUUACUUAUACGCGUACUUGUGCGACACAUUUCAACCUCUUCUUCUUUAUUAUCUAUUUCUUUUCUCUCCUUUUCGUCUUCUUCCUAUUUUCUUCUAAGACUUUCGUCGGGUCUCUCGGUGAUGUACGACUCAAACAAACGCGCGCACACGGCUGCACGCGUUCCUUGGCGUAUGACUGAUGUAUGUUAGGUACGAGAUUACCUGUCACGGUUGUCUUCUUGUCUAUGCACAAAUAUAUUUUGAUAUAAAAAGC